AUGGCCGGUAAGAAGAAGAAUAAGAACAAUAAAAACAAUAAAAACAAUAACAACCGCCCUCCCGUCGGCUCUGCACCACCCCCUGAACCUGAGAAUAAAGACCUCGUCGACUCUGCCCCGGACCCGGCGGCAGCCGCUGUUGAGGAUGCCUUACAAGACAACAAGGAGCCCACCGCCGAACCGGAGAAGGACCCUGCCUCUGAAGAACCCCCUGCCGCUGAGCCAAGUGGCGAUGAAAAUCCGACCGCUGAGCCUACAGAUUCCGCGGAGGCUGCACCACCAGCCGAGUCUCAACCCGACGAGGCUGCCCCAGAAGCUAAAGAAGAGGGCAAAGAUGAACCAGCGCCAGAUGCAGAGGGUGCCGUAGAAGAGGCGAAAUCCACGGAGGAUGCAAAACCUGACGAUGGUGCAGCGCCCGAAGGCGAAGCCAAGCCUGAAGAGGAAGCCAAACCUGAAGAGGAAGCCAAACCCGAAGAAGAAGCCAAACCCGAAGAAGAAACCAAGCCUGAAGAGGGAGCCAAACCUGAAGAGGAAGUCAAACCUGAAGAAGAAGCCAAGUCUGAAGGAGAUCCUAAGCCCGAAGACGACUCAAAGCCUGAAGAUGAAUCUAAACCUGAAGGCGGUGCAGCGCCCGAUGACAGUGCAAAGCCCGAAGAGGAAUCAAACCCCGAAGAACAUGCAAAGCCUGAAGGCGGAGAAGAUGCGCCAGCAGGUGAAGACACGAAAAAAGAAGGCGAUGGCAACAAUGACGAAGGGUUCCCAGAUUUUGAUCUAGAUGUAGACCCCGAGGCAAUAGCAGCCGAGAAAGAGGCUGCUGCUGAAGCGGCCGCAGAAGACGCCCUAGAGAAUGCGGAAGAUGCACAAAAGGCUGAUGCAACCCCUGCUCCAGAGGAACCAGCAGCCCCUGAACCAGUCGUGGAGGUGCCAAAGGCGGAGGAAAAGCCAGCGGCCAAGGGUAAGAAAAAGAAAGGCAAGAAGAACAAGAAGGCAGCAGGUCCUGAGCCUACUCUAGAUCCAGAACCAGCCGCCGAAGCAGCGUCGGGGCCAGUGGCAGAGCCGGAGCCAGAGCCAACGCCGGAACCAGCCGCCGAGCCGGAGCCAGAGCCAGAACCAGAACCAGCCGCCGAGCCGGAGCCUGAGGCUGAGCCCGAAAAGCCCGCUGAUAAUCCUCCUGAACCCCCAACCCCGGAAGAGCCACCAGCGGCCGAGCCACCCGCGGAGGAGCCACCCGCGGAGGAGCCAAAGGCGGAGGAAAAGCCAGCGGCCAAGGGUAAGAAAAAGAAAGGCAAGAAGAACAAGAAGGCAGCAGGUUCUGAGCCUACUCUAGAUCCAGAACCAGCCGCCGAAGCAGCGCCGGAGCCUGAAGCGUCACCUGAAACAAGUGAACAACCAGCGGAAGCAGAUGCGGAAACAAAAGCGGAGGUCACACCCGAACCAACAGAGCCACCAGCAACAGAACCCGAACCUGCUCCACCUACAGCAGAAGAAGAACCCGCCAAGGAGCCAGAGCCGGAAGCUACGCCAGUUGAGGAAACACCUGCUGCCGAAACCGAAGCUGCUGUGGAGGAGAAGGUGGAAGCUGUAGAACCUGAACCAGUCGAGGAGACCCCCAAAGAGGCACCCGUCGAAGAAAGCACACCGGCCGAGCCUGCCUCCGAGCCUGCCCCCGAGCCUGCCCCCGAACCCGCUGCUGAGCCUGCUGCUGAGCCUGAAACCGCUGCUGAGCCUGAAACCGCUGCUGAGCCUGAGCCACCUGCCGAGCCUGAAUCUGCUGCUGAGCCUGAACCUGCUGCCGAGCCAGCCGUUGAGGCCCCUGCUGAGCCAGAGCCAGAGCCAGCUGCUGAGCCUGAACCCGCUGCUGAGCCUGAACCUGCCGCCGAGCCUGUCGCCGAAGCUGCUGAGCCAGCUGUUGAGGCCCCUGCCGAGCCUGAACCUGUUGCCAAGCCCGUGGUUGAAGCUCCUGCUGAGCCUGAGCCUGAGCCAGCUGCCGAGCCUGAACCUGUUGCCGAGCCCGUGGUUGAAGCUCCUGCUGAGCCUGAGCCUGAGCCAGCUGCCGAGCCUGAACCUGUUGCCGAGCCCGUGGUUGAAGCUCCUGCUGAGCCUGAGCCUGAGCCAGCUGCCGAGCCUGAACCUGUUGCCGAGCCCGUGGUUGAAGCUCCUGCUGAGCCUGAGCCUGAGCCGGCUGCCGAGCCUGAACCUGAGCCUGAGCCGGCUGCCGAGCCUGAACCUGCUGCUGAGCCUGAGCCUACUCCUCAGCCGGCUGCUGAGCCUGAACCUGCUGCCGAGCCUGAACCUGCUGCCGAACCUGAACCUGCUGCCGAACCUGAACCUGCUGCCGAACCUGAACCUGCUGCCGAACCUGAACCUGCUGCCGAGCCUGAACCUGCUGCCGAGCUUGAACCUGCUGCCGAGCCUGAACCUGCUGCCGAGCCUGAACCUGCUGCCGAGCCUGAGCCUACUCCUGAACCUACUCCUGAGCCGGCUGCUGAGCCUGAACCUGUUGCCGAGCCAGCAGUUGAGGCCCCUGCUGAGCCAGAGCCAGAGCCAGCUACCGAGCCUGUGGUUGAAGCUCCUGCUGAGCCUACUCCCGAGCCCGCUCCCGAACCCGCUGCUGAGGCUGUUGUCGAGCCUGAACCUGCUGCUGCUGAGGAGCUUGCACCUCCCGCACCGGAACCCGUCGAGUCGAUUAUUGAAGCUGCCGAAGCACCUGUCGCUGAAGAGAAGGAAGUGACUGAAGAUGCCCCCGCUGCUGCAGAUCCUGUAGAGGAGACGCCUGCCCCAGAACCAGCGGUCGAGGAGGCACCUGCUCCCGCCCCAGUGGAAGAAACACCAGUGGAAGAAGCGCCUGUUGCCGAGACACCCCCAGAAGCUGUAGCAGAACCAGAAGUCGUACCCGAAGAGGCGCCAAAGGAGAUCCCAGUGGAAACACCUGCUGACGAGUCAGCUCCUGUCGAAGAUGCCCCAGCUGAGAUCCCGGCACCUGACGAAUCCCCGGCUGAACCAGUAGUUCCGGACGAGGCCCCAGCUGAGACACCAGUCGAGACUCCAACGCCGGAAGAGGCAUUGCCUGAGACACCACCAGAGGAGCCUACCCCUGAGCCAGAGGCUGCCAGAGACCUCCCCGCUGAAGACCCACCAGCAGAACCAGAAGCUGCCCCCGAGCCAGUCGAUAUUCCCGCUAGCGACGAAGUGGCGCCCGACGAGCUUGUACCAACCCCAGAAGACGCCCAGCCAGAGGUGGAGAUGAUCGACGCCGAGCCUCUCGACGAAAGCGCAGAAGCCGCAGCAGCUCGCCACUCUCGACGCCGCAGAAAGCGUAGCUCACCAAUCGAGGGAGAGCGUCGGCAGUCCAAGACAUCUUCCGAAGGUCGCCGGGAGCAACUCCAGCGCCAGAAGAGCGAGAAAAACAUCUUCACCAACCGCUGGGCCAAGGCACUGGAAGAAGCACGACGUCAACACGACGAGAAAUCUCAGUUGCAACGAAAGCAGCGCGCUCUCGCCGAGGAGCGAGAGCGCAGUGGCAUCCCCGCGCCGGAAAAACUGAAGCGCACGAAGAGCUCGUCCAAGGAGAAGGUGAGGGAGAAGGAGAGGGCAAUGGAACCAGAAAUAGAGGCCGAAGUCAUCGAAUCCAGACCCAGACGCCGCACCUCCGACACUCCCUCGAGCCAACCUCUCGAACGAGCCCGCUCCACCAGGACCUCGUCGAAGCAGGUAUCAACAUCGAUACCGACGCCCAAGCCCCGUGCCUUCCUGCGAUACAUGACGGAAGGCAAAUCGGAUACCAAUGGGCCUUUGCUGCGCCUAAAUGCCGCUAAGGCUGUACCGACCAUUGAAACGCCGCGCCGGUCAUCCACAAGUCAUAGCAGUGGCAGUGGCAGUGGCAGUGGCAGUGGCAGCCGUCAUGACCGGGCGGAGCAUGAAGAGCGACAGUCUAGUGGUCGGUCUAGUGGAUCACGGUCGCGACGUGAAGAGGAGCCUUCUCGCAGUGAGCGUGUUGAGCGCACUGAGAGCAGGAGACUGCGACACUCGUCGACGGCUGAGCAUGGUCGAUCCAGGGAGGAAAGGAAGGAAAGAGAGAGGGAGAAAGAUCGAGUGGAGAAGGAGCGUGAGCGUGAGCGUGAGCGUGAGCACGCACGCGAACGAGAAAUCGAGGGAGAGAAGGAGAGGGAGAGGGAGAAGAAGCCUGAGGGCUCAUCCCGGCGUUCCAGGGAGACGAGAGAGGUUCGCUCUCAUCGUCGCCACAGGCGCGAGGAAUCGCCUCCCCGAGAGGAGUCGAAGCUGAAGGGUCUCUGGAGAGCGAUUGCUGCCCAUUGA